CCCGCGGAGGCGCGGACUCAUCUCUCGCGAGGAACGACGCCGUUAUCGGAAUCCCUACAAACAACACGAGAAUUCGUCACUCACACGUGGCAAACAAUGUCUGAGCCAGGGUUGGAUGACAUUGUCCAAAUAACAGUACAGGACUUUGACCAUGAUGACCAUACUGACAUACUGGACAAUCAUGAAGGUGAGGAAGAAAGGCCACAAAAGAAAAAGAGGAAAUUAAUCCACACCCCGGAGAAUAACAGUGGCAACCAGGAUCUAUCAAUUAUUAAGAACCUUAUAAUGACGUUCUCUGGAUCAGUCAGCCAGCGCCUAGAUGUAAUUGAAUCCAAGCUGCAGUCUUUGGAUGCAACUUGCAGAGCUAUUGGACGCAAACUUGACAGCAUGGCACCCCCUUCCAAGAGUCCUAUCCAAGUUCCUAUGGUCGCGGGAUCACCACAAGGUGCCACUCAGACCUGGAACAAAGUGAGGUGUGUUGUGCCGCAGACAAAUGUAAUAGUGAACAGGGAGCAACCAAAGGUCUCGGCCCAAGAAGACUCUCCGCUGGAGAACCUUCUCAGCAACACCAUCACCAGGCGGCGUCAGAACACAAUACUGGUAAAGGUGCCAGGCCCAGAAGAGAGUCAGGAGGAACAGGACAGUGGCUCAGAGGCCAGUGACACUGUUUCUAAUGGUGGUCAAUCAAACAGUGUACAAAAUGGCCAGAAUGUCACACUCAUCACACUCAAUUCAGAAGAUGAUUAUCCAGGUGGCACCUGGUUGGGAGAUGAGAACAACCCAGAGAUGCGAGUUCGUUGCCCCGUGUCUCCAGCUGACAUGCUUCAUAUCAGCACAAAUUGCCGCACAGCAGAGAAAAUGGCACUGACACUGUUGGACUACCUGUUCCACCGGGAGGUCCAGGCCAUGUCAAAUCUCUCUGGGCAGGGAAAACAUGGAAAGAAGCAGCUAGACCCACUCAUGAUCUAUGGCAUUCGCUGCCACUUGUUCCACAAAUUUGGCAUCACUGAAUCAGACUGGUACCGGAUCAAGCAAAGCAUUGAUUCAAAGUGUCGCACUGCCUGGAGACGGAAGCAGCGCGGCCAAAGUCUAGCAGUCAAGAGCUUCUCCAAACGAACAGCACGUAACUCAACUGGAGACGAAGGCAUCGCAGACGAGGCGGCUCACAUUGAGACCGCCACCCAGCAGACUUUGCACUACACGCUGGCCAAUCAGCAGGUCCAGUUUCACCGCAUUAGCGAAGAUGGACAAGUUCAAGUGAUUCCACAGGGACAGUUGCACAUUGCUCAGGUACCACAAGGAGAGGAGGUGCAGAUCACACAGGACAGUGAGGGAAAUCUCCAGAUUCACCAAGUGCAUGUUGGUCAGGAUGGACAGGUGCUGCGCGGAGCUCAGCUGAUCGCUGUUGCGUCAGCUGAUGGAGGAGCCACGACGGUGGAGGGCUCCUCCCUCCCGCCUGAUAUCCAAGUGCAAUACGUCCAACUAGCUCCUGUUGCAGAUCACACAGCGGCCGUUCAGGCUGCCGAACUGACUCCUGCCCUACCGACGGACAUGGAGGUGAAAGAGGCCAUCCAAGGUGCCAUUCAUGGAGACAGUGGCGAAGUCGUUCAGAUUGUCACCUCUGUUGCAACCUGAGAGGCAAUUGGAUUUGACAUAGCCCUGGACUCUGCCUGAUGAGUUUCAGUGAACAGUUUGACAAGCAAUCAAGUUAAAAAGUCUCUAAAGAAACAUUAUAGGUCACUGAUGAAACAGAGGGAUAAGCAUUUUUGUUUUAUUUGUUUUGUUCUUGACAAAAGUCCCAAUUCAUUGCUAACCAGAAAAAAAACUGGAAAGGCUAUGAUGCUUCCAAAUCAAUCAUACUCCCUCUGGUGCUUUCUUUAUAAGGAAGACAGUGCCCACUGCAGAAUAAACAGCAACAGGGCUGCCUUGUGUCUGUCACUAUCAGCUCGAAUGCUUAUUCGUGUCUGUUUUGGAAAUUGGCAGUGAUAUUUUCCAAAACAGCUAACUCAGAAUACUCUGCAAGGGUUUGCAAAACCCUGCAUAACACCUGGCACUGUGCUUUUUCUCAACAACAGUGCACGGCAGUGGAAAGUGGAUUAAGACCAGGACGGCUCCUCCUGGUUGGGCUUAAUUAGAUUUCUUGUUACUCACCAUAGUUCAAUCCUUACCGUGUGUCCCAGUUUUGAGGUCCUCCCUUGUCUCAUGUUCCUUCACCCUUGCACCUCUGUCCUUUUUAUUUAUGUAGCUGUAACAUAAUGGAAAUUAGGGAAAGCUUUACUGUGGAGGUAGAACAUGAAUAAAGAUGGUGCCAGUGGUUGCCAGUACAAGAUGCUUUGUAGACUGCCAGGGAAACUUUGAAGUUGUUUAUUUCUCCCAGUUUCAUCUGUAUGUGUUCAUUCAUUUGAAUAAAACAUGUUUGUGGUUACCAUAAAAGUGUGCUUUUAUUUUGGUUAACGGAGACUAUUGAUGAGGGUCUGAAAUUAUCAUUUUGGUUUGGGGGCCUUUGGGGUUACAUGUAAAACUAAUUGAUUUACUGUUUUUGAAGUAAAUAUGUAAUAUGUUGACUUCACUAACCAUAAAAUUAGGCCACUGUAACAUCAGCAAUCCUGGGAAAAUAGCUCACAAAAAAGCUUGAUAAUUUAUUUUUCUGAGACUGUAAUUAGUACGUAUGUUUCUUCCAUUGUUUCUUACUAGCUGUAAUUGCAUUUCUUCAAGCCUCAUUUUGUCCCCACUGCAGGCCCGAGUUUCUCUUUGCUUAGAGACAGAGGAUGUGUGUUGUUGUGUUAGUGAUGCUCCACUUUUGGUAAAUAUCUUAGAGUCAGACAGAAAAGAGAUAAGCAAUGCACUCCGAGACUGUAUGUGUUGGAUCAACUACGUUUCCCAUGCUCCAUGUGAUGUAAUGGUGUAUUUUGGAAUGGGGAUCAGAACCAGGCGACAAAAUGAACUUUAUGCAACAAUAUCCAAGGUCUCUUGGCUGCUGCUUCUUGUUUCCUUUGAGUCUGUCGUUUCUGUCUCUGACUGCUUUUGAACUGCCCCUUCAUGUAAGUUCCCCUCACUGUCUCUCCAAUGUUUUCUUCCUCUGCCAUUGAACUUGUGUAUCUCCCGUUCUCCUUUGGAAGCCCUGUAAAAGUCAAUUUAUUCCCCUUUAUAAAUGUACACAACACUGGGUUAAAAUUUCAUGAGAUAAUUCACUGGGUCUGUCCCUUGCCAUAGCUGAGUUCAAAUGCUGUCACCCUGCCAAUGAGCCCUAUUAAAUCUUGGGCUUGGAAGGAGAGAGACCUGACUCUUCACUUUUACAACUCUGGGCUGCAUCCAGGAGGGAGAGUGGUUGCUAUAGUAACGGGCCAACUCACUGGCUGCCUCUAAGAUAACCUGUUGAAAACAGGGAUGAGUGAUAGAUGGAGAGGUCAGAUUUUUUGGAAGCAGAAUGCACGUUUGUAGAGAAGGAGUGGAGUGACAGGCUGAGAAUGGGCAGUAUACCAUUCCUGUCCUUCCUAGCAGCUCUUCUGCCAUCUCAUACAAUGUACAGGCACCAACCUUUGUUGGUAAUCUUUAUUUUCAUGCCUUACCCUACUCAGAUUUUUAAAUUGAGGUCUUGCCUCAGGAUGUUUAAUGUUGAACAUAUUUCUUGAAGAAAUAAAAUAUA